CAGAGGCUGCGCACACGUGGGUCGAAGUCUCUGUAUAAAUGGUGUCUCCAGUGCCGAUUGAGUCAAAGUUGCGGCAACUCGCCGAGAGAGGAGACGGUGCAGAUCAAAGGCCGGUGCUGUAAAGCGGAUGGCAGCGGGCAAGCAGGGCGAGGUGGUGGGAAUCAGCACCAGUUACCAGGCGGUGAUGCCAAGCUACGCCGGGAUAACGGAGGAGUUCCCACAGUCGCUGCGGCGCCAGCUGCAGAAAUCCAAGCUGAAGCAGAGGCGACCCCGGGAAGCCAGGUUCAAAACGCAGCCGGUCACCUUCGAUGAAAUCCAAGAGGUGGAGGAGGAAGGGGUCUCGGCCCUCGAGGAGGAGAAAGCCAAGAAGUCGUUCCUGCAGUCGCUUGAGUGUCUCCGGAGGAGCGCGCAGAACUCCCGUGCCCAGAAGGCAACUUUAAGCAACUCAAAGCUGAGGUAUAGCUUGGACUCGAGCGACUCGGAUUCCGCCCACUGAUCGCCGGGGCACCGAACCGCCCCUUAAAAGUACUGUGCUUCAUAAUGAAGUUUUAAAAAGCUGUAUUUUGUAAAAAAAAAUCUAUUUUCAAAGGAGAAACCUUUACGCAUUGAUGGGCACAAAUCAGGAAUAAAUACUGAUGUGAGAUACUGCUCUGUGCUUGGAUGUUUGCUGGUGGUGGUGGUGGUGGUGGAUAAAGGCUUGUUCGCGGAACCUUGCUCCUCUGCCCAAGUCACGGAGAACGCAGCGUUGGAAAGGAACGGCCCAUUCCUUUAUUGGACAUCAUUGAAGUUGUGAUGAGGAUAUAAACGCAGCUCAACUGCAAUUUAACUGUUGUUUUCUAUUCUGCUUUCAGAACUAUUAAAAUGCAAGAUGCAAUUUCCAGUAAAAUUCCUUUCUAUACGUUGUUGGAUUGCACUACAGAUGUUCCAAGCGUUAGCGAUUUAAUAGCUCGGCUCCUGCCAAAUUUCAUUUAUGUAAUGCUUUUACUACUUAAAUCAGUAAUUUAUAUGUUUGUAUUUUGUGAAACUUGCAACAAAGCAAGAUUGUAAUGCCUCGUGAUUAAUAAAAUUAGUGAACACUUAAUAUCUUACUUACAAUG